UGUCUAGCGUGGCUGUGUCAGAUGCUAACUCUCCAACCCGCCCGCCGCAGCCCGGUCCCCAGCCAGGUCCCCAGCCCCAGGUGACGAACCUGGGACCCACCCAUCACAAGCCCCGCCCCUAAAAGUCCGGAAUUUUCAUAUCGAGGACCAGUGCCCAGAACGCCGGGACUUCCCUGACGGGCUCGCCUCCAUACUGUACAAGCUUCGCCACUGAUUACCCAGACAGGCCAACGCCCGUACUAUCACGAAGGAGAGCCGGCGGCUUCCGGUUCGGGUUGUCGUUUUGGCGCCCAGCCGGCGUUGCCUUGUCUUUUCCGGUCUCUGUCCAGCGUGGCAGGGCCGGAGUCGGCCCCAGCCCGUUCAGAUCCUCUCUGUCAUGGCGGCGCCCUGUCACUCCUUCCGACCAAGCCUGUCAUGGCCGCACCCUGAUUAGUCACUUCUGGACCCAAACCCUCUCGCUGCACCGGCUCUUCUUACUCUAUGCUGCCAUGGCGGCUCCCAGAGGUCACCGGAAGUAAAACUUUGAAUGUGAGGUGGAGCCUCUGCCCGGAAGCAAGCGCGGCUCUGGGAAAGAUGGCGGCGGCGGUGGGCAACGCGCUUCCUUGCGGAGCCCGGUCUUGUGGUGCUCGGCCCGGCGGGCAGCCCAAGCCCGUGCCGCAGCCACGCACGCUGCUUGCGGCCGGGCCGGCGCUCAUAGCAAGCGGCGACGAGCUGGUCGCCGCCGUGUGGCCAUGCCGGCGACUGGCGCUGUUGCGGCGCCUCACGGUGCUGCCAUUCGCCGGGCUGCUCUACCCGGCCUGGCUGGGCGCCGCGGCUGCAGGCUGCUGGGGCUGGGACAGCAGCUGGGCGCAGAUCCCCGAGGCCGCGCUGCUAGUGCUUGCCACUAUCUGCCUCGCGCACGCGCUCACCGUCCUCUCGGGGCAUUGGUCCGUGCACGCUCACUGCGCGCUCACCUGCACCCCGGAGUACGAUCCCAGCAAAGCGACCUUCGUGAAGGUGGUCCCGACCCCCAACAAUGGCUCCACUGAGCUCGUGGCCCUGCACCGAGAUGAGGGUGAGGACGGGCAGGAGGUGCUGUCCUUUGAAUUCCAGAAGAUCAAGUAUUCCUAUGAUGCCCAGGAGAAGAAGCGCUUCCUCCCUGUGGCCUUUCCUGUGCGAAAUUCAUUCUCUUACUACCAAAGCUACAGGGGGUUCCAGGAAGACGCGGAGAUCCGUGCCGCUGAGAAGAAGUUUGGGAGUAACAAGGCAGAGAUGGUGGUGCCUGACUUUUCAGAGCUGUUCAAGGAGAGAGCCACAGCGCCUUUCUUUGUGUUCCAGGUGUUCUGCGUGGGACUCUGGUGCCUGGAUGAGUACUGGUACUACAGCGUCUUCACACUCUCCAUGCUGGUGGCCUUCGAGGCUUCCCUGGUUCAGCAGCAGAUGCGCAACAUGUCUGAGAUCCGGAAGAUGGGCAACAAGCCCCACACCAUCCAGGUCUACCGAAGCCGCAAGUGGAGGCCCAUCGCCAGCGAUGAGAUUGUGCCCGGGGACAUUGUCUCCAUUGGUCGCUCACCACAGGAUAACCUGGUGCCAUGUGACGUGCUCUUGCUUCGGGGCCGCUGCAUCGUGGACGAGGCCAUGCUCACAGGGGAGUCGGUACCACAGAUGAAGGAGCCCAUUGAAGACCUCAGCCCUGACCGGGUGCUGGACUUACAGGCUGACUCCCGGCUCCAUGUCAUCUUCGGGGGCACCAAGGUGGUGCAGCACAUCCCCCCCCAGAAGGCCACCACGGGCCUGAAGCCGGUUGACAGUGGGUGUGUAGCCUUCGUCCUCAGGACUGGAUUCAACACAUCUCAGGGCAAGCUGCUGCGCACAAUCCUCUUUGGGGUCAAGAGAGUUACUGCCAACAACCUGGAAACCUUCGUCUUCAUCCUCUUUCUCCUUGUUUUUGCCAUCGCGGCAGCUGCCUACGUGUGGAUCGAAGGCACCAAGGAUCCCAGCCGGAACCGCUACAAGCUGUUCCUGGAAUGUACACUGAUCCUCACGUCCGUCGUGCCCCCCGAGCUGCCCAUUGAACUGUCUCUGGCUGUCAACACCUCCCUUAUUGCCCUGGCCAAGCUCUAUAUGUACUGUACAGAGCCCUUCCGGAUCCCCUUUGCUGGCAAGGUGGAGGUGUGCUGCUUCGACAAGACCGGGACCUUGACCAGCGACAGCCUGGUGGUGCGAGGCGUGGCUGGGCUCAGAGACGGAAAGGAGGUGACACCUGUGUCCAACAUCCCCGUGGAAACGCACCGGGCCCUGGCCUCAUGUCACUCCCUGAUGCAACUGGACGACGGCACCUUGGUGGGUGACCCCCUGGAGAAGGCCAUGCUGACAGCUGUGGACUGGACACUGACCAAAGGUGAGGGGCUGCAGUCUCGGGCCCAGUGCAGACAGCCGUCUCUCUUCUCUACCAAGCUUUUGCCUCUGCUGGUCUUUUAA